GUCACGACAAGUAACUUGCAAACGAACCAUGAAUGGCAGAAAAGAGUUUAUCAAUUUAUUUGAGUGUUAAUUAAAUAAUUGUACCUUGAUAGAUGCACGUCGCACAAUUUUUUCCAGUUUAAACAGGACCGGAAAACCAGCCACGAACGGCGUGAGUCACGCACCUGCCACGCAGCACGCAACACGUCAGUUGCCCAUCUCUAGUUGCUGCCCCCGAAAGGCGAAAACACGUAAAGUUUUUAAAUAAAAUGCAGAGAUUAGCUGAUUAAGCGGCGCGAGGGCUUCAAACCAAACGUUUUUAAGUAUUAAUCCAACGUUUAAGGAACACUUUCACUUGGUGACAUAGUUUAAGUAACCGCUGAAGCGCCGUAAUUGCCGCUUUUCCUCGCUGCCAAAAAUCGCUGCAUGUCCAUUUUUGGUGAAGAAUUUCUCGCCAAAAUUCUUGCCCUUGGCCGGACGCAAUGAGAGAUGAGAUUUAACUGGCUGAGCGAGUACGUGGCCAGCAUAAUAAGCACAUCUCCGUGGCGCCAAUUGCAGCAGCAGGUGCAGCAACUCGUCCCGAACCCGCAGGCCAUCUACUGCCGUAUCAGGUCCUCAUCCGCCGAAGCACUGGAGCACGUACUGAUCGCCUGUGCGGUGUACUUGCUAGUAUGCCUGGGCCUCUACAAGCUCACCUUCUGGCUCUCCAAUUCCGGAGCACACAGCGACAGCCACAAUGUCGGAUCCGGCGACGAAGGAGAGCCGAGUCCAAAUCCGGAUGGAAAUCCAAAUCCAGGUGGCCUGAAGCAAGCACUGAAAUCCGGACUGCGGCUGCGUAGCGUUCGGCUUCCGAAGACGGCGCAUAUGGAGCGCGUCCUGCUGAUCACAGCCCAUCCGGAUGACGAGUGCAUGUUCUUCGGGCCGCUAAUCUACUCGCUGACGCAGCGCCAAGGCUGCCAGGUGUACAUACUCUGCCUUUCCAACGGCAACUUCGAGCACAAGGCGAAGGUUAGGCGUCAGGAACUUUGGCGUUCCUGCUCCAAACUGGGAAUCCCCGAGUCGAACAUCGUGCUAAUGAACGCAACCAACCUGCCGGAUGACCCCUAUGUGGACUGGCGUCCGGAUGCGGUGGCCAGUCUGAUACUUCAUGCCGUCGAAAGCCUCGACAUCCAGGCGAUUUUCACGUUUGAUCGCGAUGGCGUCAGCUCCCAUCCGAACCAUUGUGCCGUGUAUUACGCGGCCGCGUCGCUCUGUUUGGCCAACCUUUUACCCAAAGAUUGCAAGUUUUACACCUUGGACUCGAUCAAUGUGAUCAGAAAAUAUCUGUCCAUCUUGGACCUGCUGUGCACGUGCUUUAUGUCUACGCAUUGGUGCAUUCUGAACUGGAAAGAGGCUGCGAUUGUGAGAAGCGCCAUGAAGGAGCAUCAGUCGCAGAUGAGAUGGUUUCGCUGGCUCUACAUCUACACUUCGCGGUACAUGUUUAUUAACUCGAUGCGGCAGAUAAGUCUUUCGGAUGUUGAACUGGAAAUGCAGAUACAUGAUAACUAGCAAGAGAGUGGAACCGAUUGAAUACCAAAAUGCAAACUACCUUCAAGAUCGGAUGCUUGUUUUUGAUUUUUGAUGGUUUUUAUUUUAGACUCUGACGAUUCUACUAGUAUGUAUGUAUGUAACUACUGUUGGCCAAACGAUAGAUAGUAAUUGGAAGGCUAUAUCAAAAACAACCAGGGAACAAAGAACCAGCAAAGCGGCAGUACCAUAGGCAACCGAAACCACAAAACAGUCCAUUAAUUAGUUCCAAACUCACUUAUAAAACGGCAUAUCUUUAACUCUUAUUAGCUAGCUCUAAUUAUUAUUUAUAAUCAGUCCAAACAAUGUUCCAAAGUGUGCGAUGUAGUCAAAUGCUUAAAAAUUAAAAACGUAUGUGUUAUUAUAA